UUACAAUUUGUUACUAUUCUAUGUACCUGUUUCCCAGAAAAUCAGACACACCAUUGUAUUAGUACAGUAGAGUCCAUAUACAUAUUAAGCAACACACACAUUUAAAAAAGAUAAAACACUGCAGCCACAACGGAAAGUAUUUUCUCAGCUUCCUGUAUGGUUAACACCUACAGCAGUUAGACAGAAACACUACACUACCUACAUUAAAAAGAAAGCAUCAGGCAUCAUUGAAAAUGUCGGAGCCCAUUUAUACCAACACACAUAUUAACAAGAAGGUUAGGAUUGACAGAAGAAAGAUGGAGAAGAUGGUGAAUACCUACAGCAACACAGAACACCAGAGAGAUAGAGACACCAGAACCCAAACACACAAGAAAGGAGACACUGACCCACAUAAUGGACCAGGACACCAGCACUCAGAGUCUCACACAUCAGUGAAGAUAUUCAGAGUUACUACAGUGUGUCUGGCGCUGCUUUGUGUUCUACUGACUGGGAUCAUAGUCCUGUCUGUGUACUAUAAUAAAACCAUCAAAGAUUCUGAGUCGAAAAACGCAACUGCAGAGAGAGACCAGCUACAGACCUGCAAUAACAACCUGACUAAAGAGAGAGACCAGCUACAGAGUAGCUACAACAACCUGAGUAAAGAGAGAGACCAGCUACAGGCAAAACUCUUUGUGUUUGAGAAACAUUUGCAACAUUUGGGAUGGAGAUACUUUGGAUCCAGUUUGUACUUUCUCUCUACUGAGAAGAAAUCUUGGAAGGAGAGCAGAGAGGACUGUCAGAAGACAGAAGCCGACCUGGUGAUCAUCAACAGUGAAGAGGAACAGAAAUUUCUCAGUGGCCUUCAAAAGAGAUCCUGGAUUGGUCUGACUGACAAAGAUGAAGAGGGGACCUGGAAAUGGGUAGAUGGUACAAUACUGACCAGAGGGUACUGGUAUAACCAACAGCCUGAUAAUGAUUAUGAGCAUGAGGAUUGUGCUGAGAUCUACUAUAUACAACGUGACCUUGUAGAGACAUGGAAUGACUUCAAUUGUGAGACAAAACUUAACUGGAUUUGUGAAAAAAGGGUUAUCGAUGACAUCUGACACUCAGAUAUUUUUGGAACAUUCAUACAUACACUUCCUAUUUACUACCAGAGAUGCAGUAGUAGCCUUCUGUCUUCAAUACUUUUGUACCCUUAAUGUACCUUCUCCUCAUUCCUCCAUCUUUGCUCUGUGCGUAGGACUCUGUCAAUCAAGGAACUCUGCACCAGAUUCACUCAGUUUCCUUAAAGCUUGGAUUUACUACAAGACCAAGUAAAAUGUAGUCCUCCACAUAAUUUACUUCUAAGGCUAAACAGACAUUUGUGGUAUACUAUGCAAACGCAAUUAGGGUUUAAUUGCAGGAGAUCUGCAUUACGUAGCUCCCUCUAGUUACGUUUAUUCACAAAGAUGAGAACCACAGACCAGAAUCAGACAUCUGGCAGAGCAAUCAACACUAGAACCUGAGACUAGCAUAUACAGGUCAAGGGUAUAAUCGUUAACGAAAACGAACGAAAACUAGGUGGUGAAAAAACAUUGUCGUUAACUGAAAUAAAAAUUAA